AUGCGGCGCCGUCUGCAAACGCUUUUCCAAAGGAAAUUUAAAGUCAGCCUCCUCUUUCUCCUGCUCUUGGCCCUCCUGGUGCACCUGGUGAUGGAUUUGGCUCUCCCCGCAGCCCGCAGGCCCUGCGGCUGCGAUGCCAAAGCACCCAAAACCUCAAGUGUCCCAUCAGGCAGCCCCGUGCUGGCCGGCCCCGAAAAGCUGAGCCUGCGAAUCCUUCAGGAUUUCAGCGGCAGCAACGGCUCCUUGGAGAAGCCACAGGGAACGGGGCUGCACGCGAGGGCUGGAGAGGGGAACGUGGCGGGGACCGAGGGGUCGAAGUUAGGAGCCCUCUUCGAGCAUCCCCUUUACAACAUCCCGAUCCCAGAGGUGACAGAGAAGGACAGGCUGUUUGUCGUCAACCCCGCGGAGAAGUUCAGCCUGCGCAGCAGCGGGAGCGAUGAAUGGGGCAGCAGCAGUAAAGCCGAGACGCUCCUCCCGACAGGGAAGACGGCCUACGAGACCUAUCCCACCUGGCUUAAAUUCCACGUCGGCAUCAACCGCUAUGAGCUCUACCCCCGCCGGGACCCCCUGAUGCCCAUCCUCCUCCGGGACUUGGCCACGCAGAGGAUCGUCGGCUCGGUCCAGAAGUCCGGCGGGACCCAGCUCAAGCUCAUCAUGACAUUCCCAAAUUACGGGCAGGCCCUCUUCAAGCCCAUGAAGCAGAGCCGGGACCAGGAGACCCCCAUCGACUUCUUCUACUUCUCGGAUUUUGAGCGGCACAACGCGGAGAUUGCAGCCUUCCACCUGGACAGGAUCCUGGAUUUCCGGCGAAUCCCCCCAGUUUCUGGCCGUUUGGUCAAUAUAACGAAGGAGAUCCGUGACAUCACCACAGACAAGAAACUGGCCAAGACUUUCUUCAUCUCCCCAG